AUGGAACAACAAAAGGCUAUUCCUCGUGAACUUCUUGCCGUCGUCCAAUAUCUCAGAUCUAAGGCCGAAUUAAAGACCAAGACCGGUGUCCUGGAAGGAAAGCGACACGAUUACUUCAAGGGAAAAGCAGCCAUCAAGGCCUUGCUCUCACCAUCGUAUGCAAAGAUUCACCCGAGCAGUUCACCGCCGAUCACAGAUGAAGCAGCGGCGACAGCGCUACUGAACACGAUCAUACCCUAUGCGUUUUUUCUACGAGUCGAGCGGACCUCGCAAUCGAUAGCCGGUGCAAAGGUGCUACAAAUCAACCCUGCCCAGUUGUUCGACGGAGAAAGCUACUAUGCCUGGCUCUACGACGGCAACCAGCUGAUGGUCAUCGCUGGUGCCGCACUCAUGGUCCUCGUCGUCCUUGCUGGAGUCAUGUUCCCCCUCUGGCCGAUGAGCCUUCGAAUCGGUGUAUGGUACCUCUCCAUGGCCGCCCUCGGCUUUGUCGGUCUCUUCUUCGUCAUCGCUAUCAUCCGUUUGAUCCUUUACAUCAUCACCUGGAUCGCUGUCUCUCCCGGGAUUUGGUUGUUCCCUAACCUAUUCGAAGACGUCGGAUUUGUCGACUCGUUCAUCCCACUGUGGGCUUGGGACAUCCCCCCACCCAAAAAAGUAAAAAAAUCGAAGGCAGAAAAACUGGCUGAGAAAGAGCAGAAGAAGGCCAACAAGAAGUCAAAGCUGACCAACGGGGCUACAGAAGCUGCAGUAGCAAGCAGCGGCAACGACACACCUGCCAAGGAAGAUUAA